GACCCCGGCUGUAUCUCAUGUGGAAAAAGAGAAGGGAAGUAACGGACGUGGAGAGGAUCUUCAUGGUACACACAAGUGUGGCGAGUGCGACAAGGAGUUUCGUCGACUAGAUGACUUUAAGAGACACAUGCGUACUCACACGGGCGAGAAACCAUUUAGAUGUGAGGAGUGCAGCAGAAGGUUUAGACAGCUGGGUCAUCUGAAGACACAUAUGCGGACUCAUACCGGUGAGAAAACGUUAUAAGUGCGAUGAAUGCGGCAAACAGUUUGGCGAGCUCGGUAGUCUCAAGAGGCAUAUAAGAACUCACACCGGUCAGAAACCAUACAGAUGUGAGAAGUGCAGCAAGCAGUUUAGUGAGCUGAGUAAUAUGAAGAAGCAUAUACAGACUCACACCGGUGAGAAAUCUUACAAAUGUGAGGAGUGCGGCAAGCAGUUCAGUCAGUUUGGUCAUCUGAAGAGUCAUAUACGGACUCAUACCGGUGAGAAGUCCUAUAGGUGCGAUGAAUGCAGCAAAAAGUUUAGUGUUCUUGGUGGUCUGAAGAGUCACAUGCGGACUCAUACAGGUGAGAAGCCGUAUAGUUGUGAUGAAUGCAGCAAACAGUUCAGUGGGCUGUGUGAUCUGAAGAGACAUAUCCGGACUCACACUGGCGAGAAAACUUACAGAUGUGAGGAGUGCAGCAAGCAGUUCAGUCAACUGUGUAAUCUGAAGAUGCACAUGCGAACCCACACCGGUCAGAAGUCAUACAGAUGUGAGAAGUGCAGUAUGGAGUUUAGUGCGCUGGGUUCUAUGAAGAAGCACAUGCGGACUCACACCAGUAAGGGGCCCUAAAUUUGCGAUGAAUGCAACUCGGUUAACUGAUGGAUAAAAUGUGAAUCUACACUGGAGAAGAACUGAAGAAGAACCUUACAUAUAUCAGAAGUGAAACAGUUUACACAGACCCGCCUCUAUAUAAAUGUAGUGACGUGUGCAUCUGUAGAGGCUGUUGGGACCGAUUAUCAGUAUGUAAACACGACACGUUAUUGUCGACCUUCCGACAAUUGGAAUU